AUGGAAUUAACAAAGGAAGACUCUAAACAACAAAUAACUUUAAGAAAAGAAAGCACAGAAUUAUAAAUUCAAUAGAGUUUGCUUAAUGGUGUGAGAAAAAAAAGUUUUGAUAAAGAAGUAAUGGAUGUAUCUUUAAUUGAUGAUAGUACAGUAAUUAUGGGAGGAUUGAAUAACUAUUUAAAUUCUAAUAAUAACAAUAAUUACAUCAAUAAUAAUAGAGAAUCGAUUGAGUCCUCCCAAGGUUAAAGCAUAAUUAUUACUAAUACAGCUUUCUAAAAUACUCAAUUAAACAAUAGUAAAUAGUUAUAAGGGUAAACUAACAAAUUGAAUGAAACAAGAACAUAUCAAAGUAAAUUAGCUUUAGAUGAUUUAAAUACUUAAAAAGCUUCUAACUCUCGGCGAGUAAAUCAAACAGGCCAUUGUAAGAAGACCUUAAACUUGGAUGAAGAUUAUAAAUUCUUAGAGAGAAAAUAAGAAUUUGUAUUUAGAAGCUCGCUUCAUGGAAAAUCAAAUUUUAUACCCUCAAUAAAGUAUGACCCAAAAAUAGUUUGGAAGAAAGGUUUUUUUUAAAUUAUUAGAUAUGUAAAUAGAUUUAUAUAUACAAUGAAGAAAACACUAAUAUUUAGAAAACCCUAUCUAUUGAAAGAACAUCAAAUUAAUGCUAUAGCUGAUAAGGGCGCAAAGUAAUUUACUGAAGGGUUUGGAUAAAAGAAUAAAAAAUUUGCAAAAGUGGUGAGAAGCAAUAUAAAAAUUUUGAGAAAAAUAAGAAUUAUGAGUUUAAUGAUGAAAAAGAGUUUAAAAUUUAUAAUAAAUCCUUAUACUUAAUUUAGAAAUAAAUGCUUUAGAUAUCUUGAACAUAUUUCCAAGAAAAUACCAGUAAUUAUGCCUUACUCAAAAAUAUCUAACUUUACAGACUUCAUGCAUGGGCUUUUAAUCUUAUUCUUUUUGGUUACCGUUCCUUUUGAAUUGUCAUUUGAUUAUAAGAUACCUUCUAUGAUAAAGGAAAUGUAGUUAUCUAAAAAAAAAAGAUUUUUAAGAGAGUAGUUUCACAUGCAAGAAAAAACUUAAAUUUUUAUUUAGCUUGUUAUUCUAUUUUUCUAAACUUUCUUGAUGUGUCAUUUUUUUGCUUGCACAUUCUUUUUUAUUGCAAGACUUGAAUAAGAAAAUAGCAUGAAUAAUUGGGUAGAUCACUACUCAGCUAUAUAAGACAAUCCUGUUUCAGACGGAAUGCUUUCAAGGUAUAUAGUUAGUCUUUACUUUUCAGUUAUAUUAAUUGGAACUAUUGGCUUUGGCGAUUUUGUCCCAUAAACAGAGAUCGAGAUGGUAUGCGUUUUGUUUUUUGGAUUCAUUGCAAGUGGAUAUUUUGGAUUUGUCCUGAGCUAAAUUGGAGGAAUACUUAGGGAGGCAAAUAAAAAGCAAGAAAAAUUCAAAAUAAGGCUAAAAGAGCUUAAUAGAUACCUAAAUCAUAUGGAUGUUUCUUAAAGUUUGUAGAUAUAGGCUAGAAAAUAUUUAGAAUAUGUGAACAAGGAAGGGAGUAUUUAUUCAAAUUAGCUGCAAAGCCUGAAUUAACUAUCUAAAUACUUAAGGGAGGGAAUAUUCAAAGAAAUUUAUGUUAAGUCACUAAUGAGUAUACCAUACUUAAAGUAAAAUUUCUCAACAGCUUUUAUUUAAAAAUUAUCCCUUUCAAUGAAAGAGACAAGUUUUGGGCCUGAUGAGUUAAUUUUAAAAAGAGGAGUGAUAGAGGAAGAAUGCUUAUUUAUAGUGGCUAGUGGAGAAGUGGAAAUUUUUAUGGAUACUAGUUAAGAUAUUAAUAAAUUGACACAUAGUUGCAUAAAACCCUUCAAAAAAUUAAAAAAAGGAGAUCAUUUUGGAGCAACUGAGUUUUUCGCAAAUAAAAAAUAUUCUCUUUACAACGUAAGAAGCUUAGGCGUUUCAAGAAUUUAAUACCUUCAGUUAAGAGAGUUUAGGCAUACUAUAGAUGAAUUUCCUUAUGACAAAGAAGUUUUCAGCUACAUCAAAGAUAACUUCGUAUUUAAUUCUAACUAUUACAUGCUGCAUCAAAAUUGUAUCAGUUGUUCUAGUUCAGCUCAUUUAGUAUAAAAUUGUCCUAUUUUAUUUUACUCACCUCACUAAAUAAGGGUUAUCAAAAUAUAUAACAAAAACAAUGAGAUUAUUCGUUCUUAAUUCAAAAGAAAGCUUAAGAGAGUAAAACAUUAAACUUUAUCAGAGAGUAAUAAAGUUGAAAAUGAAGUAGAAAAAUUUAUUGUAGAAAAUAAUCGAUACUUAGAUGCUAGUACUUAUUUAGAUAUAACAAAUGACUCUGAUUCGUAUUUAAAUGAGGACGAUGAUGAUGAUGAGGAAGGAGAAGGAAAUUUACCAGGGUAGAAUAAACCAUUUUUAGAAAUUACUUAAGAUAAAGAGGAAACAAAUUUGUAAAUGGUAUAAGGAGAAAAUAUUAGUCACCAAUUUUAAUUAAAAAAUACUACUCUAAAAGCUCUUAAAAAGGUAUCUAAUUUUAGCUCCAAAGAAAAAUAACUGCAAAAUAUAUCGGAAAAUGUUCAUGAAGAAGAAAUGUAAAUAGAUAGCCAAAUGAUACAUGAAAAUUAAAAGAAAUCUGAAUAGUUUAAAUAUAAGUAUAAUAUAUAAAACCCUAUUACAAGUUAAGAAAAAAUAGAUUAAUCAUAAUUAUCCCAUGAGAAUAAGAUAAAAACUCCUAAAACAGUAGCUUUUGCAGAUGAUUAAGUAAAAUUAAAUUAUGAUGUUUCACCAAAAUCAGAUUUAGAUCUAGAGUAAUAGAAAGAAUAUAAUGAGGAGAAAAAAGCAUCCAGCACCUCAAUAAAAACGAUAUCUAUAAAUAAUAUAGUAUGCAAUAAGCACUAACAGCACUUUGCUGAAGAAGAUUAUUUAUCAAAUAAUUCUUCAAACCAAUAAUUAAAUCCGAACAUACUGAUGAUCAGUGAAUUUAAGCAAAAAUUUAAUGAAUCUACUCUAUAGGAUUUAGAUAAUGCAAAGAAAUAAGGAUAGGAAAAUUCUGAAGCUGCCUCAAGUUCCAAUAUCAGAAAAUAAUCUUAAAGUAACUCGAAAAAUAAUUCCUAAUCUAUAGUUGGAAAUUUUACUUCGUAGAAUUCAUUUAAAACUCCUAUCGAUUUAAAUCCGAUUACUUUGAAUGAAAAAUAAGAAAAAUCUGUUAAGUCUGCUGAAUUAGAUUUCCAAAAUGUAGUGAAAAUUUAAAAAAAAUUAUUGCUAAGAAAAAAUAAAACUGAUUAGCAAAAAUCAAAAGAUGAUAAACUUAAAAAGUAGGGUAAAACCGUUGAUUUAAAGUUAUCACCAAGAUAAUCAAUAAGUAACUUAAUUUAGGCACUAAUUUAAAAUAAGUAACCUAAUAUAGAUCUACUUUAAAAAUAAGAUUAAUGCAGUUCAGAUAUCUUAAAGAAUAGUAUUUAAAUGAUACAAGAGUAAAGAAAAUUAAAUAAUAAUUUUUAGUAAUUUAAUUAAAUGAUACAAAAAGCUUAAUAGCCUCUUCAAUAAAUUCAAACAAAUAAUUUAAAUUUUCCUAGCUUGAUGCAUUUAGAUUUACCAACGACACCAAAUACUAAUGUAAAAAGCGUAUCUCAAGUCAAUUUAAAGAAUCUUGAUGAUUAAGAUAUAAUUAAGAUGAAUAAACUAAUUUAUGAGUUAAAUAAAGUAUAGUUAAAUGGAUUUGAUACAUGUUUAGACUCAACAUGCUUUUUUGAUAAACAUCCUUUCGAUGCUAUGAAAACCUAUAAGGUGUACUUUCCAAAUUACAAUUAUAAGUUAGUCGUCUUGUAAUCUAACAAAAUUAUGAGAAACUUAGAUCGCAAUAGGCUUAUGAAAAAAACGAUGGCUGACCGCAAAAAGACAUUCCAUGAACAUAAAAAAAAAACCAAUGUUUCAGAGAAGAAUAAAACGAAAAUUUUAGCUAGUCCAGCUAAAAAUAACAGCCCAAGUUCAUCUGAGUAUCAGUCAUGA